AUGGCGAGGCCCGAACGUUUGAUGGUGGCAGUCCGCAACCUGGAAGCAAUUCUCGACCCGGGCCUGCAACGAGAAAUUUCGCCCUGCUCAACAUGGGUCAUUCACGAUACGAUAUUGAAGAUGAACCUCGCGGAUACUAAUCUCCCCAUGAAGCAGCCAUGGGCAAACUUCCAGGUGCUUGUUCGGAGAUUGGAGGAGUGGGAUCAUAUAGAGGAGCCAUUGCUAAGCAAGGACGAGUUUUCUUGCCUCAUCUGGAAGGAGGAUGGGGAUAUAUUCGACAGACUGAUUUACGCCUAUUCCAAGAUUGGGCAGGAGAUUGCACAGCCUGUGGAACUUGUUCAAUUCACUCAAUUAGGGGGUGUUAAUGAAAUCUUGUCCGAGGUGCUGGAUUUCCAUCGUAAAGCUCUGGAGCUUUUGAGAAACACUGGUUUGGAUGUACUCUUCAGAUCAGAACCAGAGCAGAGCCACGAAAGCCUUCGAGAAGUGCUAGAGGACGAAACAAGUGAUACCGGUGCCUCGGAACGCAGUAAAACGACUACUGAUAGCGAUAUCAAGACACAGAAAGCCGAGGAGAGGCACAAAUUGGCCAUGAGCGAGCUCAAGGUCAAACUUCAGAGCCCAGACUACCGGGGUGAUUAUGAGAGAUUCACCCAACACAGGAACGCGUUCAAUUCAGGGAAUUGGGUCUUCUCUGAUGCAGAAUUUCAGUCUUGGUACGGCAGUACUAGUAGCAGGAUACUCUGCAUCAAUGGCCUACAUGGCAUGGGCAAGACAGUACUGAUGUCAACAGUUACCAACAAUCUCCUAGACGUGAAGCACCUGUCCGGCAGUGAAAUGUUGGUCGGCUACUUUUAUUUCAGUCAUUGCUUGCAAGAACCGCACAACAACCUUCUGCGUGCUCUCUUGGAGCAGUUCAUGGACCAGGAUGGGAUUUUGCUGAGCGAACUCGUCGACAAGCACCUACAUGCUUACGCUGAUGGAAUAAGGGAGACAGAAAUUCUCCAGUACCUUGUCAAACGAGCCAUUGAGACGCACCGCACCACCUUCUUGGUUCUGGAUGGUCUGGACCAAUGCAGCAACAAGGAAGUAGACCAGACGCAUUUCGGCUCGUGCCCGUCGAUACCGUUGGAGAGAUUUGCCCACGCCAAGGAUUUGCGGCGGUACUGUGGCCAGUGUUGCAUAGAGAUACAGAAGAGGUUCGGCCUAUCUCCAGAGUACGGGGAAGAGGUUGCUGAAAAAGUGGCAAAAUUAUCAAACGGCAACUUCCUCUACGUUCGAAUCCUCCUUCGCCAUAUCCUCAGCUAUCAAGCAACUAGCAACCCGGGGUCUGCGUUGUCGCCAAGUUCGUUUCCCCCGACAAUGGCUGAUGUGUAA